AUGUUAACGCUAGCUGCGUCGUCGUCUGUUGGCCGUUGGAAAUACACCGUGACGGCCCGUUGUCUGCCUGCAGCGGAGACGAUAACCACCUACACGAUACCCACACCAAGGCCGCCGUCGAUAGCCACGGUUCACGAACCGCCGAACGUUACCACCAGCGCCACCACAGACCCUUCUACUUCUUUAGUACACGGACUACCCCAAACAACCGCCGACGAACAGCAGCGCCUCAUCGAGAAUACCGCCGAAGGAAGCAACAUCACGUCGAGCAGUCACUCGGGGACGGAUCCUACCAGCAGCCGGGCGUACCACAACACCGUAACGAACGCCGACAAAACGAAUCUUUUGUCCAUUGGGAACACUAGCGCCGGGUUGCCGGAAGAUUCGUCAUCCUCCUCCUCCUCCACGAUAGCGAAACUCAUCGUGGAUCUGGGACGCGAAACUGGUAGUACGAGCACCACGGCGACGGCAGCGUCGGACACCAGCACCACCAUCACGGCGAACAGUUACUCCCGGAACAAGUCGACCACCCGCAGCUGGCCAGUCAUACAUCGGAACAACUCCUACUACCGCUACUACCAAGGAUCGAGCGGUAGUGGAGGCAGUGGUGGCGGCAGUGGUGGUGGUGCCGCCGCCCGCCCAAUGAUACGAACAACAACACGCUGCACGGGUACGGUACGAACAACGACUACCUUCUGCUAG